UUUAUAUUGAAUACAUGACAUGAAGUUGAUUGUGAUGUGAAAUAGGUUUGGUUUUAAUAAGAAAAUAUCAAAUGAUUUUGAAUUAGACAGAAUGACCAGAGACGACAAACUAUUUUUCCACAAAACAGUUCAGCAUUUAGCAAGAUCCCUAGCUAAUAUUAAAAAUACUCCUUGGAGUAAAGUUCAAACUUUGUUCUCACUUUGUCCUUCUGAUCCACAAAAUGGUACAUUCAUUAUAAAUUGUCGGCAACAAGAUGCUGUAAUUGCUCUUGGCAUUUAUUUUUUGGAAUCUGGGCUCCAACACAAGUGUAUUAUAUUACCAUAUUUACUAAAACUUGUUAAACUGAUCGAAAAAGCACAGUGGCAGGAUGAAAUCAAAUUAAAUCCAACAGAUCGAAUACCUAUAGCAGAAAAGUUUAGUUUUUGUCUUCACACCCUUCUGAGUGACAUAGCAGUAAGAUGCGAAGACGAGAGAAACGAUAUUUUAAAUGUUCAGGUAGACAGCUUAACAUCUCUGACGAAUCAAGUACUAAAAAUACAAGAUUCAACCAACAGAAACAGUGCCAGCAAAUUGUUUUUGUGCAAAACAACUUUACCUGUCCUUAUUGGCCUGGCUAGAGCAAUGGGAAGGUUCUGUCUAAAUGACCCCCCUUUAAUUUGUCGAAUUUUUCCUAAACCUGAACCACCUUUGAGUCCAGGAGCUGCAAGGGAAGAAAAUAUACAUAAAAGAAGUUUUAGUAGUUUUAGAAACAUUAUUCCAAGGAGUUUAUCAGGGAAUCUCCAUGCUACUGUUGAUAUUUUGGCUGUUACUACUGGUGGAUAUGACACUUCAGACGUCGCAUUCAACUCGAGCUCACUAAAACGAGGCAUGUCGAUCAAACACAAUACAGGCCCUUAUGAUGCGAAAACAUAUUUUUUUAGUAAAUUUGGUUCCAGUUUCAAUCAAUUUCCACAUUUGAGACUAAAUGAAACGAACGACAAAAAAACACAAGUAAUAUUUUCCCAACCUCACCUUUCUACCAUUUUAACUCUUAGUAAGAUGCUAUUGACCAAAGAUAUGUUGAGUAUAUUAGACGAGCAAAGCUUAGAAGUAAGUUCAACAGGAAAAAUUCAAAUUUUUCCAUAUAAAACGUUUUCCGAAACUAUAAAUUUAGUCAUGGUGACACUGAUGAGAGAAUUGCUGCAACCACAUAAAGACUUGCCUGUGCCAUUUACUAAAGAUGUUCAGGAGUUUGUUAAAGGACUUUAUUUGAAUGGUCAGACAGAGCUUCAAAGCAGAAAUCAUGAUGCUAGUGAAAAAGAAGAUAGAGAAAAUAAUUAUGCAUUAGUGAAUAAAUUUAAACUUAAUGUCAUGGCAAAUGCGGCUUGUGUGGAAUUACUAGUUUGGGCAAUUGGAGAUGAAACAGGAGCAGAUAGUUUAUGUGGUAGAUUAACAGAAAAAAUAAAUUCAAACCAUGGUUACAGAUUGGUCAUAGCACACAUGCCACUUCUGAUGGUAUGCCUAGAAGGUUUGGGUAAUUUGGCUCAGAAGUUUCCAAACAUAGCUUCAACAUCAAUCUACUGUUUAAGAGACUUUUUAAUUACUCCAUCUCCGAUUUUAUCAAAAUUACAUCGACAAGCGAACGAAAAAAGCAAUAAAGAACAUGUAAAGAUAACAGCACAAGGCAAUCAAUUAAAAGCAGAAUCAUCAAAAGCUUCAUCUCCUAUUCAAACCGCUUUCGAAAGAUUAAGAGAUGCAGCCAUAGAAAAUUUAUGUAUAGCACUUAGUGCUGCCCAUAUUUUAGAUCCUGAUUGUGUAAGAGCAUUAGUAGCUUCAGUUUCAAACAGGUUAUUUACUGCUGAAAAAAGUGAUAGUGAAUCAACUUUGAUUUCAACAAACAUUGUAAUAAUGUUAGGUCACGUAGCGGUUUCCAUGAAAGGAACCCCAAAGACUACGGAUACUAUUCUGCAUUUUUUCCAACAGAGGUUUUGUAGAGUACCUUCAGCUUUGGAUACUUUAAUAGUGGAUCAAUUGGGAUGUAUGAUUAUUUCUCAAUGCGAACCGCACGUGUAUGAAGUAGUUAUGAAGAUGUUUACAAUGAUAACUGUAGAAAGUGGCAGUACUGCAUAUGGAAAUACAACAAAUGAUAAAACACAGUACAGACAUGUAUCACGACCUGUGAUCAACGCUUUGGCCAAUAUUGCAGAUAAUAUUGCAGGAGAAUCUCAGAUGAAUGAAUUACUUGGACGACUUUUAGAACUUUUUGUACAAUUAGGACUGGAAGGCAAAAGAGCAAGUGACAAAUCUCCAGGCGCUUUGAAAGCUUCCAGUUCCGCCGGAAAUUUGGGAGUAUUGAUACCAGUAAUAGCGGUGUUAUUGAGACGACUACCACCCAUAAAAAAUCCCAAACCUCGAAUCCAUAAACUAUUUCGAGAUUUUUGGCUGUACUGUGUAAUUAUGGGAUUUACAGCAUCCGAUUCAGGUCUCUGGCCUCAAGAAUGGUAUGAAAGUGUAAAAGAAAUAGCUGUAAAAUCACCUACUCUAAUAUCAUUUAUGUCUAGUAGAUCUGAAAUGCGUGAAUUACAAAUUACUAGUGCAGUUAGAAAUGAGAGCGUAUCUGUCAAUGAAUUACAUGAAUUAAGAACACAAAUUUUGGAUUUAUUGAAACAUCCUGCAGAUAUAACCGCAUAUGUCAAUAAAUUAUCUUUUGCUCAAUGCACAUUUUUGUUGAGUGUCUAUUGGGUAGAAACCUUAAGGGUUGCUCAUUCUGGCGAGCCCAGCUUAGUUCCCAUUAUUGCAGAUUAUUUAAGUGACUCCGCAUUACAGAAAGACAAAGCUGGAAUGUGGAAUUGUGUUCAAUCUGUUAGCGAAAGGGUUUUUGAAAAAUUCUUAGAAGUAAUGAAAGACAGACCCAAAAACGAAUCUAGAGAGUUGGAUUUAGAAGAACACGCCCAGUUCUUGUUGGUAAAUUUCAACCAUCAACAUAAGCAAAUUCGAAGAGUUUCUGAUAAAUUUUUGGCCAGUUUGAUUGAUAAGUUUCCACAUCUUUUGUGGAGUAGAAGAGUGCUUUGGACAUUGUUGGAUAUCAUGCAAGUAUUGUCACGUUCUCUAGAAAUAGAUCCUAAUCAAGAAACACCAACGUUAAGGAUACCACAAACUCGAUAUACUAUUCAACUCAUGGAUACUUUGGAAGCAAGAGAGACUAUUGUAAAAGAUUUUGCUGCUAACGCUGAACGUAUAAUAAAAGAAGCAUUAAAAUGGACUCCUCAUUGGACAAGAUCUCAUCUUCAAGAGUAUAUAAAUCAAAUACCUGUAGAUGGAAUGUGGCACCACACUGGUUUGUCUAUGGCUCUAGAAUCGAUCCUUCAAUGGGGCCCUCCAAAUAUACAAAGUGCAUACUUGACUUCGAGCAUCCUCGAAAAGAGACCCAAAUGUGUUAAAAGUGAUUCUUCAAAAUUGCUUACAGUUUCUUCAAUGAGAUCUAGAUACAUCGGAGAGGUGAUUGGUAUGGAAUUUGGAAAGGACAAAAAUCUUUUAGUAAAUGAAAUCAUGAAUCGUGUGUGGACAGCCUGUAAAGAAAGAUCGGACAAUCUACAUAGGGAUGCUUUGUGGCAAGCUACAGCAUUACUUAUAUCUACUAGAGAUUUGAAUCGAAGUUUGUUACAUUGCAUAGCAUGGUCUCAGGUGGAGCUAUUUACAGUAGAAGCCAUGAGAACUGCUGUAGAAUGUUGGCAAUGGUUAAUAACUGCAAGACCAGAACUGGAGAUUAGAUUUUUACAAGAAAUGGUUGCAGCUUGGAUAUGUACUGUUCAAAAGAAACUUGGCUUGUUCUCUGUUGCUAGACCUCAAACUAGUCCAUUAGCCGCAUAUGAAGGUUGCCGUUUGGAACCGGAUCCACCUUUUGUAAAACCACAUGCUAUUUGGGUUCAAUUUAUUUGCGAAUUAGUAGAAACAAUAAAAUAUAGUAGUUAUGAAAAAGUUGAAAUGAUAAGCAGUUUGAUACAUCAUUCAUUAACUAUGAACGUCGGUGCUGAUCCUCCAUCUCAAACUAGACAUAUUUCAGCAAUCGGAGUUAGAUUCAAACUUCUCUCCUGUGGUUUGUCAUUAUUACAAGGGGAUAUUUUGCCUAAGAGUUUAGGGAAGAACGUACUUAGAGAACGAAUUUAUUGUAGUUGCUUGGAUUAUUUUUGUAAACCAGUCACGUGUCCAUCACAGGAACCUGCAGACUUAAGAGAAGAUAUAUCUACAUUAAUAAAAUUUUGGCAAACUUUACAUUCCGAUAAAAAGUACCUUAAAGCUAGUGAUGUAGGAGAGGUUGAAUUCACACCUAAUGUAACUACUACAGCACAAGGCAAUGAAUUAUCAAAACCCAACGACUUCAACAAAGUCCCAACUGGAUGGAUUAACACUGUACCUCUUUCAAGUAGUAGUACUACUUUAAGUAGAAGAUCGGCUAAAUCGGCUAAACGAAUGCCAGUUGCUGAUAAUUUUGUUAAAUGUUAUCUAAAAAAGAGAAAUCUUAUUUUGGAAUUAUUGGCUGUGGAGAUCGAAUUCCUUAUAGUAUGGCAUAAUCCAGGACUUAGACCUGAAAUUCAAAUAACGGGUGAAGAAAAUGUUGCUUUUUGGAGAGCUAAAACAAUUACUGAAAAACAGUGGCACGAUUAUACACGUUUGGCUUGGGAUAUAUCACCUGUUUUAGCUGUUUUUCUACCAAAAAGGUUUAGAAUGAACGAUGCUAUUAUAAACGAAGUAAAAAACUUGGUACAAAUGAAUCCAACAGCAGUUGCUCAUGUUGCCGAAGCCCUACAAUAUUUAGUUACCACUGAAUCUAUUUUAAGUGAUAGUCCCAAGUUAGUAAAUAUGCUCACUUGGGCCCGUAUUUCCCCUAUACAGGCGUUGGCAUUCUUCAGUCGACAAUUUCCAUCCCAUCCAAUAUCUGCACAGUAUGCCGUAAGAGUGCUAAGUUCGUAUCCUGCCGACGCAGUAUUAUUUUACAUUCCACAACUUGUACAAGCUCUUAGACAUGACAAAAUGGGUUAUGCGACUGAAUUCAUCAAAUAUAUAGCUAAAAAAUCACAAAUAGUUGCCCAUCAACUGAUAUGGAACAUGAAAACCAACAUGUUUGUAGAUGAAGAUAUGCAACAGAAAGACCCUGCCAUCUAUGAAAUUUUAGAAUCUCUAGUAAAUAGUAUUGUUAGUGAACUUUCUGGCCCAGCGAAACUGUUCUAUGAAAGAGAAUUUGACUUUUUCGAUAAAAUCACCAAUAUUUCUGGAGAAAUUCGCCCGUUCCCUAAAGGUAUCGAACGAAAGAGAGCAUGUCUAGAAGCUUUGAGUAAAAUAAAAGUUCAACCUGGAUGUUACUUACCCAGCAAUCCCGAAGCUAUGGUUAUCGAUAUAGAUUAUAAAAGUGGUACUCCUAUGCAAAGUGCGGCUAAAGCUCCUUACUUAGCUAGAUUUAAGGUUGCUAAAUGUGGUAUAAAUGAAUUAGAAAAUAUAGCAAUGGAUGUAUCAACAAAUCAGAUUAGGGAACAAAGUCUUGGUGCGGAAAUGUGGCAGGCUGCAAUAUUUAAAGUCGGCGAUGAUGUAAGACAAGAUAUGUUAGCUUUACAAGUUAUUGGAAUAUUCAAAAAUAUUUUUCAAACUGUCGGCUUAGAAUUGUAUUUGUUUCCUUACAGGGUUGUCGCUACGGCUCCAGGGUGUGGUGUUAUAGAAUGCGUUCCAAAUGCAAAAUCUAGAGAUCAGUUAGGGAGACAAACAGAUAUAGGAAUGUACGAGUAUUUUUUAAAAAAAUAUGGAGAUGAAAGUACUAAAGAUUUCCAGAAUGCUAGGAGAAAUUUUAUUAUAUCAAUGGCUGCAUACAGUGUCAUUGGUUUCUUAUUACAGAUUAAAGAUAGACACAACGGGAAUAUUAUGUUGGAUACUGAUGGACACAUUAUACAUAUUGAUUUUGGAUUUAUGUUUGAAUCCUCUCCUGGUGGAAAUCUCGGUUUUGAACCUGAUAUUAAAUUGACAGACGAAAUGGUAAUGAUUAUGGGUGGUAAAAUGGAAGCUCCUCCAUUUAAAUGGUUUUCUGAUUUGUGUGUUCAAGCGUACCUAGCAGUGAGGCCUCAAUGUGAAGCUAUCAUAUCUUUGGUAUCUCUAAUGUUAGAUACUGGCCUACCAUGUUUUAGAGGACAAACCAUUAAAUUACUCCGUGGUCGUUUUAGCCCCGGAGCUACAGAUAAAGAAGCUGCAAAUUAUAUGUUACAGAUAAUCAGGAACAGUUUCCUUAAUUUCAGGACACGUACUUACGACAUGAUACAGUAUUAUCAAAAUCAAAUUCCAUAUUAGAUAAUAGUUUUAUUAUUCUUCAGAAGUCUAUGGGUAAUAUAAGUAUAAAUAGAACAAGAAAAUUUGUGAGAUAUCCGGAAAGUGAAAAUAUUUAUGAGAAAAAAAUUGAUGAAAUUUCUUAUAAAACAUCAGUUACUCCAAAAUUAAGAAACUAAGUAGCAUAGAGAGUAUCUUACAAAUUUUGUGAAUAACUAGACCUAAAUAUAGGUAUAAAAAAUGUGCAGUUAUAUAAAAUUAAUUCUUUAUUUUUCAACUAUUUUCAAUUUAUUUUUGAACUGUAACUGUAUGUUACAGUAAAAGUAAUAAAUUUGGUGAUUAUGCAUAAUCACCACUGAAUUUGAUAAAUAUGACAAAAUAUCUAUUAAAUUUACGGUUUAGCUUAUAAAAUCUCCAACUUUACGAAAAUUCAUUCAGUUUUCUCAACAGCUUGGCACAUGACAACCACGUGAUUACAGAAGUAGCUGGUAUGCUAGAGCGUUUUAAUUCCAAAUUAUUUAAUUUUAAGGAAUCUAAGAAAACAAACAAAAUCUGAUGUUAUAUCUGAUCAUCCAUCAGUGUUUAAAAUGAUGUUAUGCUUAUAAAAAGUGUAGCUUCUGGUAUGAAAUUUACUUCAAUUAUAUUUUAUGACGCUGUUUAAGAUCUGUAUUACUUUUGCGGAUAUAAAGUAAUGAAUAAUUAUAAAUAAGUCAUUAUAUUUAUCACAUUUACCAUUACGACUUGGAUAUUUCCCAGAUUUAGUGGUGAUUAUGAUGAUAAGCCCAAAUGUAAAAAAACUGGCAAGCUUAUUAAUUCUAAAACAGUCUUAAUAUGUCUAAAAAAGUAAACUUACAUGUAAAUGCAAAUAUAUUAUUUUCUCCUAUAGAAUAUGGGUUUGGUUUAUUUCUACAGAAAAAUCCGAAUUUAUCUCAAUCCCCAUUACAAGUUAGGGAUUUUAUAAAAUACUAAAUGGUAAAUCUGAUAAAUAUGAAAUAAUUUAUCAUAUUUACCAAAUUCAGUGGUAAUUUUAUAUAAUCACCGAUUUAUCAUUUUUACUGAAACAUAUGUAUAAGAUAAUUCAUUUAAUAAUUAUGUAGCAAAAAAAUGUAAUAUUCUUUAAACCGUGGUUAAAAAUAAAAUUUAAUUUCAUUAAUUGUACACAAUGUAUAAAUUUUAAUUGAAUGUUUAAUUUUAAAUUGAAUUUCUUAUUGUACUUCAAACUAAAUGUAUAUAAAUGAAAAAGAAAUAAUACUGUGAUAGGUACAGAAAACAUUUACAUAAAUAUUCUGGAUUGAAACUUGUUAUUAUAUCAAUUGUUAUGUAUUUAAUUUGAAUAGUUGUUUCUAUUGAUGUUGAAUAUCUAAUUAUCAUGUUCCUUUUUGCAUGCAGCCAAAUUUUAUUUCUAAUGUAUUACCAUGGUCAUUUACCUGAGACAAUAGUUGCUUUCUUUUUGAAUGAAUCUCAGAUAAUUUGAACUUAUUUAAGUGUAGCUUAUUGAAUUCUACAUCCCAUUUAAUAUUACUCAAAUCAGAUGAAUUGAGAUAUUUACAUCCCAUCUUACCAAUGCAGCACCAACUUUUGUUUUACGGAAAUAACUCAGUUCAGUUUUUUGACGAGUUAUUGAAAAGUUUGAGGGUACAUUUACUUGAUUUUGAUUAGUGUCUAGUGAUUAACAUCGUCGUUAAUAUUUGCGAAUUUAUUUUAAUUUUUUAUGUGCAUUUUGGGUUAGAAUACAAUAAACUGAUUGAAUGUCUCAGUUUGUCAACCCAUUUGAUCCACCACAUCAAAGAGAGUGAUUUGAUUGGCAGCGAUAUGGAAUUUUAAUAUUCUCAUGUGCCCCUCCGCUCGCAAAUUUGUAACACGAGCGACUAGUUACGGCAACACCGAUAUAUUGGCGUAUUUUGUCAACAUAGUUUCUAAUUCUGUGCUUGUGCUGUCAAUUAAACGCCGACCUAAAACCAUUUUUUUACAGUAGCAGUUUAUGAGGAGACAAAUAGAGCAGCAUGAGUGCAGUUAAUGCAUCCAAUUAUACCAGGUACAUUAUAUUUUAAAGAGAAUCUCAAAUAUUUCAAAUUUACAUUCAACUGAAAAUAAAUCAUAAUUAUCAUAAUAAAUCGUAAUUUUUUCUUCUAAUAUCAAUUAACUCCGGAGUUGUUUGGGGGAAUUUUUUGAAUGUAUCCAUUAUUUCCUAUCUAUUGAAUACCUCAAUAAUUUUGUGAUUGCUCGACUCAGUGACGAUUGGGAUAUACCCAAACAAUCAUUAUUACCUAUAUCUUGCUGGUAACUACCAGUACCAAAAAACUUCUUAUCAGUAACAAACAUGGUAAUUAGUAUCAAAAAGCCUCUUAUAUUUAAGUUUAUUUCAAAAAAUUUGCUUGUAAAGCUUUCAAAUAAUUUUUAAUCGUACGAUUGCAACUAAAAUUACCAACUGCGUUGAACUAAUACUGUCCUUAAUCACUCUAAUAAUCAAUGGCACCAAAUAGUUUAACUUUGUAUUUAUUUGAAGGGAAGAUAGCUAAUCGAAGGGAUUCUAGCGGUUUUUGAUUGGGGAUUUAGGGAGAUAAAUUAUUAAGAGUUGGGAACACUGUUUGCAUUAAAAUUGUUGCGGUUGACACAAAGGGUCAUUUUUAGGGCGUGGAUUUUUUUAAAAGAAGAUAAAAACCAUCAACUUCAUGCUAUUCAAUGAACUUUCUUAUCCAAAUUUCAGUUUAAUUAUUUUCAAUUGCUUUAAUUUUCUCAUUCAAUAAUUUUUUUAUUCAAAUUUAUGUUGCUUGUAACGAUUCUAGCUUCAAGACAGUAAUUAACGUCAACUAUAAGAUAUUAAUAUUUUUAUAAUUUUUUAAUAACGACUGUAUUUAUUGAAAAGUUUAAUAUUGAUUCAUAUUUAGCUAUAUUUAGAUUAGGUGGGUUUGUUGUAUAUGUAAUUAACAUGGAAAUCAAGUGAUUUUAUUUCCGUUAAAAAUUUCCGACAUAAUUAUGUAUAUUGUUUUUUAAUUUGUAUCAUUUCAUCAGGAAUUGUUAGCUGAAGGUCACGCGAACGUUCGAUGGCACAGGUACAUUAAAAUGUACAAUUUUCACUAUUAUCCUUUCGUUUUAAAAAUAUUGAAAUUAUCCUUACUUAGUGUACUUGCCUUUUCUACAGAAUUCAGUUCAUUCAUUAAUUCGUAAAUUUAAGAAAAAAAUGUUUAUGAACAACAAAUUAAAUAUAAAUUUCGGAAAUGGAACUCGUCCUAUUUCAAUUUUUUUUAUUCUCAUUGUAUUUUAUCUAUUAUAGUGCCCAGAUAAUUGAAUUUCUUCGUUUAUAAAAAUCCUUUUAUUAUCUUCUACUCUUUGUACUAAUUUUUUGUCAAUUUUUCAAUCAUAUUAAUGCUUAUUUGUUUUUUUUUGUGUGUAUAAUUCACUUCAUAUUUCUUACUAUUUACAAUGUCUUGUUAACCAAAACAUAAUUAUUAUGGAAUCAAUUAAUAACCUAAGUAAGAGGUAGCUGCAGUUUUAUUUGUAUUCAAGUAUGCUUACAAUCGAUAACUUCUAGCUCAAUUAUUGUAUGACUACAAUUCAGAUUUAAUAAAUAUAACAUUGAAAGCACUCACAAUGCUAUGCAAAAACUAAUGUGAUCUAUCCUUCUGAUUUACAAUCUUACUUUUACAUAAAAUUGGGCUAUAGAAAUGUUUUAGAGGUGUUUUAUAUUUCCAGAUAUUUGCUUUUAGUUUUUGCCUUUUUGUAUAUAU